GUGAAACAAAGUUAGUGAAAGUUUAUCCGGAGUUUGUCGGCGUGUGUGUGGUGAGCGGUCAGCUACGCAGACUGGAGGGACGCGAGUGACGUCAAGUUACGUUUCUGAGUGGACAAAAGGGGGGCACGAGAGCUCUCAGAGCCGCACAGGUGAACAUAUUGUCCAACGGGCGCGAGGAACCAUAAUAAAACACAACCUAACAGGGAUGCCAUUCAACGGAAACUGGAGUGAGGAUGGUAGCUGAGUUAGACAUUAAUCUGAAGUGUGAUGCCCUCAUGUGCAUGUAGUGCAGGUGCAACUGAAUCAGCAAACACACAGUGUCUCCCACAGUGUCACACACACACACAGACAAACACAACCUACAAACACACAUUUUUGUAUAAGUAACUUCCCCUUUUUGAAAAGUCAGUACCCCAGUUCCUUAAAGGCAGGGGAAAUAAACGGGAAGUUGGACAAUCUGUUGCAUGGGACAAACCUCUAGGUGUUGGUUCAGAGGAAAGAGAAACACACACACACAGACUUCACUAAAGAGCAGAGGGAGGCAGCUAAGGGAGCAUAAGAUCUGGGGACUCACAGGGACGGAGGUGGGGAGAAGAGAGAAGGUGAUCAGGAAACCAAAGGAGGAAGGCCAGGAUCCCCCUACAAAAUAAAGUACCACAGCAGAAAACAGCAGAAGAUGGGUGGACAAGUGGCACAGAGCUGCUGGCUGCUCCUUGCUCUAUCUCUGAAAGGUACUCUUGCUGGUGAUUGGUCAAUUCAUCUCCCCCCCAGUCCCAUCUGUGCUGUGACUGGUUCUUCGGUGGUUCUCCAUUGUUCCUAUGACUACCCCCAAAGAUCUGAUGAAGCCAGAGCAGAGGGACAGCUCCUCACUCAGGUUGGAGGAGCUGAAGAAGGACAACAGUACAAAGUUAUGUCUGAGAUGUGGUGUCUCGAAAACAGCCGCUGUAUCACCCCAAGCUAUGUGUUCCACAGUGCCGGUAUUUUCCAGGAUCCAUCCUACCAGAACAGGGUGCAGUACCUGGGACAACCUGGGACAAAGAACUGUUCUCUGAAGAUUUCUGAUCUGAGACCGUCAGACAGUGGAAACUACGUGUUUUACCUCAUCACCAACCAUCCGACACAGAAGAUGCCAGAGCAGAGAGGCAUACAGCUACUGGUGGCAGGCUCCUCUGUUGCAGUCACAACAUCAGUGAGUCCCUCCAGUGGCAUCACUGAGGGUGCGACCUUACGUCUGGCCUGCUGCAGCCCGUCAGCCUCUCCGCAGGCCCGUUUCACAUGGUUCAAGAGCCCAAGCUUCACCCCGAGUUAUAAUGGACAGGUGUGGAGCAUCAGUGAAGUUACUUCUAAUGACUCUGGCAGAUACCACUGUGAGAUACAGACUGGAGAUCACAAGCAGACCUCGGUUAUGACGGACAUUGAUGUAGAGUACUCUCCUCGAAACAUAAUCGUAUCAAUCUCUCCUGCUGGAGAUCUACAAGGGAAGCUUCCUGUGACUCUGACCUGCAACAGUGACGCUAACCCACCUGUCCACACGUACACCUGGUACCAGGGAGCAGCAUGUCUCCCUACAACAGACAGAAGCUUUCAUCAAGCAAGACAAUCCCUGGCUACACCCACAGGAAGACACUCAACACUCAGUAGCGCCAGCAUCACCGCUGAACAAUAUGGGCAGCACUGCUGUGUAGCACGCAACAAACAUGGAUCACGGAUUUACUCUGUCACGCUCAGAGAUUCCAGAGGAGCAAUCCCAUCUAACUCUACAGGAAGCAGAGGGGUGUUUAUUGGAGUGACCAUCGCUGUCCUAGUGGUUAUUGUAGCCAUAGUUGCCUUUCUAUUGGGAAGGAGACAGAAGUCAUCCCAAAACCAGUCAUAUGCCCUCACUGCAACAACUGCUACAGAAGAUUAAAGACUCCCCAAGACCAGGACUUGUACAGUGUCACACCAAAAGUAUAAGCCAACUUUUUUUUUAUGUGUUUAAGUAACUCAGGAGAGGUGGAAUUAAUCCUCGAUAGCCUCACACCUCAUGUUGCCAAGGAAACCCCUACAACACAAGAAGACACCUUAAAAUUAGCAUCACACCACAUGCUGUUGCACAUCGUUCAACCCCGUGACUGAAAUCAUGAACACAAAAUAAAAACAAAGUUCAAGACUCACUGUUGGCAGCGAGGGCUGUUCACAGCAUAAGAGACUGUGAGAACCUGAAGAUCAUAUGAUGGGCAUUUCUCUCCAUCCAUGGAAGCCAGAUGCCACACUGGAAACCUCAAUGCACUGAGCUCAGUGAGGAUGAACUUGGACUUAUCUGAUCAUUUUUGUUUAAGUGCAGUUGUGCUGUGGGAUAAGCUAAAUUCUUCUGUAAUGCUUCAAGAAAAGAAAAUAUUUAUUAUAACUGAGAACAUAGACUUGAAAUCUUCUGUUGCCUUUGCUGUUUUUUGUCAUUUUUUUGUGUGCUGUGGUUGAUUUUGAUUUUGAGCUGCUGUCAUUAACCAGCAGGUGCCAAUUUGAAUACAACCUCCACGGCUCAUUACAUCUGAAAACCACAGACAACAUCUGGACUAAUUGUCUAUACAAAUACUUUUACUGCAUUUUAAAUAGCAGAAAGUGCAUCACAUACUGUCACUGCUGUGUCCGGAAGCAGAAGACACUGAAGCAGCUAUUAUUGAAAGCAUGUUACUGAUUGUAAUGAGCGUGAAGAAGAUGAUGGAAAGUGCAGUCAUUUGUGUGGUUUUGAGUAAACUCUUCAGUGUGAUAAGGCCCCAACAGAUACUGACCAGAGCCUGUGAAGACGUGGAGGAGGACAUAAACCAAGCGGACAGUGACUCUGACACCAGGACAUCCUUUUACAAAAUCAACUCUUCAUCUCAUUAGUCUAUUUUAGCCACACAGCAAAGUGGCGCUCACAUCUUCUAUUUUUAAAAGCUGAUGAAGCAAACAAGGAAGUAUGUUGUUUUGUUUCACAAAUAUUUAAAGGGACAGUCAAAGGGCCUGUUUUUAAUGAGAGCAGGUCAUUAGUGUUGCAGUCCCGCUAAUUUCAUCAUGUUAAAACUGUUGUAAGCUACAGUGUUUGUCACCUGAGCUUUGUUCUAAACACAAUGUAUUUAGCAUUAAAAGUGACAGAGAGAUAGAUCUAAUGAAAAAACCUUGUACUUUUUAUUUUCACAUAACUGUAAAAAAGUUAAUUGUUUUAAUUGCAAAG